CAGUGAGAGGGAGUGCAGUGCUCUUGUGCGAGUGAAGGUACUGAUACAGUGGGGCAGCAGCGCCAAGAAAAAAAAAAUCUGCAUUAUAUCAUUCUCUCACUGUUGGAACUGGAACGAGGACCUCAGAAAGAUAUCAUCUGCAGAAAUAAAAAUCUCUGUGAUCUCCUUAUAUAUUACGACAUGCAUAGGAUCUAAUAGCUAUAGCUCUGCCGAGAAAAAAAAAAACAUAAAUAAAAAGAAGGAUUAUUAUACGCUGGAUGUGGUUACAUUUUCUUUGGAAAUGCAGAAGAUAAUGCAUUUAUCUGUCUUCCUCGUUCCUGUUUUUUGGGGACUGGCGUUUGGUGGCUCUUCCAGUGUACAAAUUGGGGGUUUAUUUCCAAGGGGUGCAGAUCAGGAAUACAGUGCAUUUCGUAUAGGAAUGGUUCAGUUCGCCACUACUGAGUUUAGACUGACGCCCCAUAUUGACAAUCUGGAAGUAGCAAACAGCUUUGCUGUCACCAAUUGUUUCUGUUCCCAGUUUUCAAGAGGAGUAUAUGCUAUUUUUGGAUUCUAUGAUAAGAAGUCUGUAAAUACUAUAACAUCGUUUUGUGGAACUUUACACGUCUCUUUUAUAACACCAAGCUUCCCUGCAGAUGGAUUACAUCAGUUUGUUUUACAGAUGCGACCAGAUGUCAAGGGAGCUCUUCUUAGUUUGAUUGAGUACUAUCAAUGGGACAAAUUUGCAUAUCUGUAUGACAGUGAUAGAGGUUUAUCAACACUACAAGUAGUGCUGGAUACUGCUGCUGAAAAGAAAUGGCAAGUAACGGCAAUCAAUGUAGGCAACCUGAAAGAUGAAAAGAAAGACGAAGCUUACCGCUCUCUGUUUCAAGAUCUUGAGAUCAAGAAAGAAAGGAGGGUGAUUCUGGACUGUGAGCAAGAUAAAGUGAAAGACAUUAUGGAACAGGUCAUUACCAUUGGAAGGCAUGUUAAAGGAUAUCACUACAUCAUUGCAAACCUGGGAUUCAUAGAUGGGGAUUUGUCAAAAAUUCAGUAUGGUGGAGCCAACGUAUCAGGAUUUCAGAUUGUUGAUUUUGAUGACCCAGUUGUCUCAAAAUUCAAUCAGCGGUGGGAAGCUUUAGAGGAAAAAGAAUAUCCGGGAUCUGACAACAGAAUUAGGUACACGUCUGCUUUGACUUACGAUGCUGUGCAAGUGAUGACCGAAGCCUUCCGCUACCUGCGCAAACAGAGGAUUGACAUCUCCAGGAGAGGCAAUGCCGGUGACUGUCUGGCAAACCCUGCUGUACCCUGGGCCCAAGGAGUUGAAAUAGAAAGAGCCUUGAAACAGGUCCAUGUGGAAGGCUUGACUGGAAACAUACAGUUUGAUCAGUAUGGGAGAAGAAUUAACUACACAGUUAAUGUUAUGGAGUUAAAAAACAGUGGUCCACGGAAGAUUGGAUAUUGGAAUGAAGUUGACAAAAUGGUUGUUACAGCAAACGAUUUCUCACCUGGGAAUGACUCCACGGGCAUGGAAAAUAAGACAGUAAUAGUGACAACAAUUUUGGAAGCACCGUAUGUAAUGCUGAAGAAAAAUUAUGAGCUAUUUGAAGGCAAUGACAUGUAUGAAGGUUACUGCGUGGACCUGGCAGCAGAAAUAGCUAAACAUUGUGGGUUCAAGUACAAGCUAUCUAUUGUACCUGAUGGAAAGUAUGGCGCCAGGGAUGCUGCAACCAAAAUUUGGAAUGGAAUGGUGGGAGAACUUGUGUAUGAGAAAGCUGACAUAGCCGUUGCUCCAUUAACCAUCACUCUGGUGCGAGAAGAAGUGAUAGACUUUUCAAAGCCCUUUAUGAGCCUGGGGAUCUCCAUCAUGAUUAAGAAGCCUCAGAAAUCCAAGCCAGGGGUGUUUUCCUUCCUAGAUCCCCUGGCAUACGAAAUCUGGAUGUGCAUAGUGUUUGCCUACAUCGGGGUCAGUGUGGUUCUGUUCUUAGUCAGUCGCUUCAGCCCCUAUGAGUGGCACACCGAGGAAUAUGAAGAUGGACAAACACAAAGUAACGAAUCCACAAAUGAAUUUGGGAUAUUUAAUAGUCUCUGGUUUUCUCUUGGUGCCUUUAUGCAGCAAGGAUGCGAUAUUUCGCCAAGAUCCCUCUCUGGGCGAAUUGUUGGCGGGGUAUGGUGGUUCUUUACCUUGAUCAUAAUCUCAUCCUACACGGCUAACUUAGCUGCUUUCCUGACUGUUGAACGGAUGGUGUCUCCAAUUGAAAGCGCAGAGGAUCUCGCUAAGCAAACAGAGAUUGCUUAUGGAACUUUGGACUCUGGCUCAACAAAAGAAUUUUUUAGGAGAUCUAAAAUUGCACUGUUUGAUAAAAUGUGGACCUAUAUGAAAAGCGCGGAGCCAUCCGUGUUUGUCAAGACAACCGCAGAGGGUGUCGUCCGGGUUCGGAAGUCCAAGGGGAAAUACGCUUACCUGCUGGAGUCCACGAUGAAUGAGUAUAUCGAGCAGAGGAAGCCGUGCGACACCAUGAAGGUCGGAGGGAACCUGGACUCAAAGGGCUACGGCAUCGCAACGCCUAAAGGAUCCUCAUUAAGAAAUGCGGUUAACCUCGCAGUACUAAAACUGAAUGAACAAGGCCUCUUGGACAAAUUGAAAAACAAAUGGUGGUACGACAAAGGAGAGUGCGGCAGCGGGGGAGGUGAUUCCAAGGAGAAGACAAGUGCACUAAGCCUGAGCAACGUUGCUGGAGUCUUCUACAUUCUCGUCGGCGGACUUGGUUUGGCAAUGCUGGUGGCUUUGAUUGAGUUCUGUUACAAGUCAAGAGCAGAGGCGAAACGAAUGAAGAUGACCUUUGGUGAUGCCAUGAGGAGCAAAGCGAGACUGUCAAUUACAGGAAGCACUGGAGAAAACGGCCGUGUGAUGACUCCAGAAUUUCCAAAAGCAGUGCAUGCAGUAUCUUACGUGAGACCUGGCAUGGGAAUGAAUGUCAGUGUGACUGAUCUCUCUUGAUUGAUAAGAACCUUUUGAGUGCCUUAACAGUGGUUUGAAACAUGCGUUUUCCUGGUGAAUGGUUCAGAGGCAAAUCCAGUAUCGUGAAGACAUUUCUUUUUUUGUCAAAUUAAGAACCUUUCUCCUCGUGGAAAUUCAUCAUGGAGUCAAAUGGGAUGCUGUUAGUGCAAACGACGUCGUCUCUCUGUUACUUCUCUCUUUAUCUCUCUACUUGUUUGAAACGGAGCUUGACUGACAUGCACAGCUAAUGUUGGAAGUACUCUAAUCUUAACUGAAAUCGUUGUUGAUGCAACACACUUGUUUCUGUAGGCACCAUCAUUAAAUCCUGGAUUCAUAUUGACUUAAGCACACUUGACAUCAUCUGCAUCAAGAUGUGAAAUGUUUUAUAAGAAAAUUAAAUAAAAUAUACAGUAUAUAAAAAAAAAUAUUUUUAAGUAUUUUCACAAACAAAAUGGCUUUUAAAUAAAUCCGCUUCCAUUCUGGUUGAAUAUAAAAUAUAGUUUAAUCUGUGGGGAUGUGACAAGGCUUUAGGUGAUUAGUUCCAUAUUUUUCAUAGCCAAACAUGUUCAUGCUAAAGGAAGUAAAUGGUUGAAUUCUUGUAAUGUAUUAUUGUUAUUAAAACUUUCCUGUAUAGCUUAUUCUUUAACAUUUGGUGUUGAUAUCAAAUACUUGACAAUGCUUAACAUGUGAAAUACAUUUUUUCCUUUAGUUUUAUUUGCAAAAGGUGGAAUUCCUUACACUUCUGUCACUGUUAAGGUUUUUCUUUCAACUGAAGGAUUGAAUUGUGAUCCCAUUCUCAAUCAAUUUAGCAUACAAGGAUCAGGGUAGCAGUUUUUAAAAUUAUAAAAAAGCAGUCUACACAUCAUGAACGCUGUAAGCCAUUCAUGAUAUUAUUGCAUUCGUUUUGCUACUAAAUUAACAUAUUUGUUGAAAAUGCCAAAUAAAGAAGUGUGCCAAAUUUACUGGCAGUAGUGACAAAACUAAGUUUUAACAAAAUCAUUCAUUGUCAUCCAAGUGAAUGUAGCUAAUACAUUCUGUAUGCGUUGUAACACUAUGUACAGUUUGAUGGCUUAUUGAAUAAUUUGCUGAUUGAUUUUUUGUCUUACUUUAAACAUUUUACAUUUAUUGAUGUGUAAAUUAGCAUUUUGAAGCAUGACAGUUUCCUCAGAAUAAUUACUUGAUUUUGCCUUUAAUAUCUAGUGACUGAAGCCACCAACAUAACAUUAUUCUCAAUAUUUCAAGUAUACAAAUGUCCAAGGUUGUAUGGGAAACCAAACGUUUGUGAAAAGGUCAGGAAAUGCUGUUAUUAAUAAAUAAUUGCAAUAUAUUUUCUCUGAGGCUACUUACAGUGCCAGGUGGAAUUAAACAAGAACUCUAGUUGGUUAAGUAAUGUGUUAUAUAUCUAAUAGGCAAAUCAGUAUAUUCAUUAUGGGGGGAAAAAAACAUUAGUCAACUAGGUAAAUAUAAAUGGAUUAUUCCUUGAGUGUGAUUUAUUAAUUUAUCAGCUUUAUACAGUAUAAGGGAACAUUGUUGUAUCAUUAAGGUUGAUAAAGAACAUAAAGUCAUAUAUUUUGUAAAUUAAAUAUUCUGCAGGUCAUCUACAAGUAUGUAUACCUUCAAAAAGAUGCACUGGAUAAUACGGCACAAAUCUACUAUUUGAAUGAAACAUAUUUAGUUUAUAGAUCAUUACUAAUUUUGUAUCUGAAUGAAAUGUGUAUAUGAAUUAACCCAAAUAUGAAUGGAGGUCCAAAACAACACAAUUUAUCUUAGUAUGGCUUUUCUGUUAUAAUUGUUAUUAAAUGUGUUGACAUGGGCAGGUUAAUUUACAAAAGCAUUUUUAAUUUACAAGCUAUUUUCACUGACAUUUUGUAAAUGGAGUGUGUGCUAAUGUCUAAGCUAGGGCAAUUUUAUUUUUUGGGAGUAUUUCCAAGUAAAAACAAACAUCUUGGCCAUACAUAAACUUAGUUAAUGUAUCUUAUGUAUAAUAUUUCAAUACAUUUUUCAGUAAUAAAAUUAAAUUGGCAAA